AUGCCUCUCGCCAAACGCAUAGUCGAGCCUCAGCUUCUGUGCAGGCUCCAGAUCAGCGACGAGGACGACGCGCUGCUGGGGGACCUGUGUGCCAUCAGCAACGUGGUGCUGUCGCGGACCUUGCGACAGCUGUCCGACCUGGCCCGUCACGCCUGCUCUCUAUUCCAAGAGCUGGAGAACGACAUCGUCAGCACCAACCAGCGGGUUUGGGCGCUCCAGGGCAGGAUAGGCCAGAUCCAGCAGACUGCCAGUGCCCUCGACCCCAAGAAGGAGGCAGUGCCCGAGUCUAGAGUGGCGUCAAAAUGGAGCGAUGUGGGGGGGUGGGAGGAUGGAUGCUGGAUGUUGGGGGUGAACCUUUUGCGCUCGCGUCGGUGUUGGGGCGUGUGUUUUGCCGCUGCAUCAAGCUCCACAUCUUCAAUUUAUGGUUCAGUACUGCGGGGACUAUGGCAUGGAUACAGUCACACCUGCCAACACCGUUUCUGA